AUGCUUGAAAACCCGAUAUCCAGAGGGGAUCCAAAUCAGAAGCUAGAAUAUAUAAAUGUGCUAUUCAACCGUUGGCGCCGUCUCUUGACUGACAAGCCUUGGUCUGACCUCGUUCGCCUCGUGGCUGAAGAGAUGGCCAAACUGGAAUCAACCAACAUGCCCGUUAUAGUACGAUCCUCCAAGGGGCGCACACCCAACCAUUCUGCAGGGAAGACCAACAAUACGAUGACCUCAGUCACGAAUACGACGAGUGGACUAACAGUGGCUGCCAGUCCCGCCUCCACGGUCGGUGGCACCGACAUCAAAGACUCGGCUAGCGUCAAUAUGUGA